GUAUGUGAGCAGAGCAUCUUUUAUGCCCAAAGGCACAUCGCUUUCAAUGGGUGUGUUACAGGAUUCAGAGGUUCAUUUCAGAACCUGUAUUUCAGUCUCUGAGACAGCUUUCUUUGCUCCACAGUUCUCAAAAACUGACCUCCAAGAUGGCUUUCCAGUAUCCAGACGCUCACCGUGACGAUGCAGCUGUGGAUGACUAUCAUGGCCACAAAGUGCCAGAUGCGUACAGCUGGCUGGAGGACCCGGGCAGUGAAAAAACACGGGACUUUGUCAGUGCUCAGAACCAGCUGACUCUGCCGUUCUUGGAGAGCUGUGAGGUGCGAGACCUGUUCAAGAAUCGCAUGACUGAGCUGUAUGACUACCCCAAGUAUAGCUGUCCCUUCAAGAGGGGGAGCAGGUACUUUCACUUCUACAACUCAGGUCUCCAAAACCAUAGUGUGAUGUAUAUGCAGGAGAGCCUGGAUGCCGAGCCCAUAGUCUUCUUGGAUCCAAACACGUUUUCUGAAGAUGGGACUGUUGCCCUCCAAGGCUGUUCAUUCUCUGAGGAUGGGGAGUACCUGGCGUAUGGCACCUGUACUGGUGGUACAGACUGGACGGAGAUCCACUUUCUGCAAGUUAAAGGUGCCAUCCCUCUGGAGGACCACCUGGUGCAUGUCAAGUUUAGCUGCUUGUCGUGGACUCAUGAUGGGAAGGGGAUUUUCUACAACACCUACCCCACCGAGGAUGGCAAGAGUACUGGCAAAGAGACCUACAGCAAUAUGAACCAGAAGCUGUACUACCAUGUUUUGGGGACUCCACAGUCUAAGGAUGUACUGUGUGCUGAGUUUCCUGAACACCCCAAGUGGAUCAGUAUAGCUGAGGUAUCAGAUGAUGGACGCUACGUGCUGCUGACUGUCAGGGAAGGCUGUAAUCCUGUCAACAGACUGUGGUAUUGUGACCUUCAGACCAUUCCCCAGGGCAUUACAGGAGUUUUGCCGUGGGUGAAACUAAUUGACAACUUUGACGCUGAGUACAAAUACGUGACCAAUGAGGGCACGCUGUUCACAUUCAAGACCAACCUGGACGCCCCACGUUACCGCCUCAUCAACAUCGACUUUGCCUCCCCUGACCAAAGCAACUGGAAAGAGCUCAUUCCUCAGCAUGACAAAGAUGUUAUUGUGUUCGCCACCUGUACGUACUCCACCUACCUGUUUGUUUGCUUCCUCCAUGAUGUCAAGAACGUGUUGAAAAUGUAUCAGCUGAGCACAGGGGAGGAGCUGAGGACCUUCCCCCUUGACGUCGGCUCUGUGGUGGGUUUCACGGGGCGCAAGAUCAACUCCGAGAUAUUUUACCAGUUCACCUCCUUCCUCUCCCCAGACAUCAUCUACCACUGUGACCUGACUAAGCUGCCGCUGCAGCCCCACGUCUUCAGAGAGGUCACCGUCAAAGGCUUCAACCCCUCUGACUACCAGACCAUCCAGGUCUUCUAUCCCUCCAAAGAUGGCACUCAAAUCCCCAUGUUUAUUGUUCACAAGAAGGGCAUCAAAUUGGAUGGCUCCCAUCCAGGUUUUCUGUACGGCUAUGGUGGUUUUAGCUACUCCAUCACACCAAGUUACAGCGUUUCCCAUCUCGUCUUUGUCAGACAUAUGGGGGGAAUCCUGGCUGUUGCCAACAUUCGAGGAGGAGGGGAGUAUGGGCAGACCUGGCACAAAGCUGGCAUGUUGGCCAGCAAACAGAACUGCUUCACUGACUUCCAGUGUGCAGCUGAAUAUCUCAUCAAGGAGGGAUACACUUCUCCUUCCAAGCUGACCAUAAAUGGAAUGUCUAAUGGUGGCCUGCUUGUAGCGGCCUGUGCAAACCAGCGACCUGACCUUUUUGGCUGUGUGGUGGCUCAGGUGGGCGUCAUGGACAUGCUGAAGUUCCACAAGUUCACCAUCGGCCACGCCUGGACCUCAGACUACGGUUGUUCAGAUAACAAAGAACAGUUUGACUGGCUCAUCAAGUACUCCCCACUUCAUAAUGUCCGCGUCCCUGAAGACAACGGGGUCCAGUACCCCGCGAUGCUCCUGCUAACAGGGGACCAUGAUGACCGCGUGGUGCCUUUCCACUCCCUCAAGUACAUCGCCACCCUGCAAUACGUUGUAGGCCGCAGCCCCAAGCAGACGAACCCCCUGUUCAUCCUCGUGGACACAAAGUCAGGCCACGGCCAAGGCAAGCCCACCAACAAGGUCAUCCAGGAGGUGGCAGACACCUACGCCUUUAUUGCUAAGUGUCUCAACAUUUCCUGGGUCAAAUAAGCUUUACCGCAAAUGUGUGUGCGUGUUUCAAGAGAUGGAAACAAAUGCAACUGGACUUGGUUAUAUGUCUUUGAAGAUGUUUCGCCUCCCAUCCAAGAGGCUUCAUCAGCUCGUCUAAACUAGACCAGGCUAGUCUGACCAGCUGGUGGGGAGCACAGGCAUUUAGCCUCUGUGCAGUCGUUACCACAGUUAGGCCUUCUGUGUUGGGUCAUACGUUUGUAUACUGGUUGUUUUGUUUCACCAGUAUACAGGUCUGGGUAUUCCUUGUUGCAUUGGACCACAUACACCGGGUUGAUUUUCUGGGUAUGUGGUGUGCAGUCUUUUGCAUGCACCAGUCUUUGUCUUUGUGUUCCACACCGAGGGGACCAAGAUGUUGGCUACAUGUUUGGCAAUGUUGUAUGUAACUGAGUUGAUGCGGCUGACGAUGGGCCAGAGGGGCGCCCCAUCUUUGUCAAUUCAGUUCAAUUCAAUUCAAUUCAAUUUUAUUUAAGCUGCCAAUUUAUAACACAGUUAUCUCGACACUUUACAGGUGUGUA